AAAGGAAUGACGCGCCACUCACAUAUAUUUCUCUCUUUAUUUUAAUUACAGAAAUGAAUGGACAAAAUCAACAAGGCAAAAUGACGACUUAUUCUAAAGGAAGAAAGGGUUCAGUUGGAUCCAUACAAACCAACCGUGAUUUAAACAACCUGAGUCAUCAUGAACUGGUUGAACUUUACACAAAGACAAAAGCUAUAUUGAACAAUUCAGGCAUAAAACUACCAGACGGAGGCUCUAAACUGAAAGCAAAACUUGAGCAAAUAGAAGAGGCACUAAAAAAUACCGAAAAUACAAGUUUAAGCAAACGAGUAUCCGAACUAUCAAUUAAUGACAGACCGAAUACACGAAAGGAAGUCUUGAUUCAUGCAAAUAAGUCAGCAAGUAGCCAAGAAAAUCAACAGUCGCAUAAGCUAUUAAGAUCUCAUUCAGAUAUGGUUUCUAGUGCAAGAUCGGCACGUAUCAUCAGCCUCGACGAAUCUAUACAAUUACAGGAAUCACAGCAAAAAGAAAUUAAAGAAGCUAAUAUGAAAAAGAGAAUGGAAUCUGUAAAGAAAAGCAUAAAGACGGAUAGCUUAACGGACGAAUUGACGUCAACAAUGGGAAGACUAAGACUAGACCCUGAAACUCGCAUACCUCGACCAGAUGAUGAUGGGCCGAGUGAUGACGAAGGACCAGACGCAGAUUCUAUUGAUGACACUGAUGAUGAUGAUGAGUUAUUUUAUGGUGAUGAGGAUGAUGAGGGCUUUGAUGAAGAAGAUGAAGCAGCAGAACAACAACGACAAAGACGAUCAUAAUAAAUAUACGA